AUGAGUGUAGCACAGCAGUCUUUCUCUCUCUCUUUUUUUUCUUUCUUUCUUUUUUUUUUUUUUAAAAGACUCUCUUUGUCUCUUUCUUUCUUUCUGCAUUAUGUAACUCUGUACUUGAUUGAGAGCUGUUUUUCUUUCAUCACUCCCCACCACAAUCUCUGGCAGUUCUUCAUCGCCCCCACCCUCUUUCUCUCAUUUCUGCCCCGGUUUAUUACUCCCCACACUCUGCCCCGUUUUAUUACUCCCAUAAUCUGCCCCGUUUUAUUCUCCCCACCAAUCUGCCCGUUUUAUUUCUCCCCACCAACUCUGACCUGUUUUAUUUCUCCCCACCCCUCUGCCCCUGUUUUUAUUCCCCCCACCCACUUUGCCCUGUUUUAUUUCCCCCACCACUUUGCCCUGUUUUUAUUUUCUCCCCACCCCUCUGCCCGUUUUAUUUCCCCACCCACUUUUGACCUGUUUUUAUUUCCCCUUUGCCCUGUUUUAUUCCCCCACCCACUUUGCCCUGUUUUUUUCUCCCCCACCCACUUCUGCCCUGUUUUAUUUCCCCCACCCUUUGGACCUGUUUUAUUUCCCCACCCACUUUGCCCUGUUUUAUUCCCCCCACCCACUUUGCCCUGUUUUAUUUCCCCCCCCCCACCCACUUUGCCCUGUUUUAUUCCCCCACCCACUUUGCCCUGUUUUAUUCCCCCCACCCACUUUUGCCCUGUUUUAUUUCUCCCCCACCCACUGUGCCCUGUUUUAUCCCCCCCCACUGUGCCCUGUUUUAUCCCCCACCCACUGUGCCCUGUUUUAUUUCUCCCCCACCCACUGUGCCCCGUUUAUCCCCCACUCUGCACCGUUUUAUUUCUCCCCCCCACCUGCACCGUUUUAUUUCUCCCCCCACCCACUCGCAUAAGUGGCAGAGCAAAUUUGGAGAAGGAAAAUAAGACAGAAAAUGAAGAAUUAUCACUGGCAAUAAAUAUCUUAUAUUGGAAAGAAAUUUUUCUUUUCUUUUUCUUCUCUUUCUGUGUUGUUCCUCUCUCUCUGUGUUGUUCCUCUCUCUCUGUGUUGUUCCUCUCUCUCUGUGUUGUUCCUCUCUCUCUGUGUUGUUCCUCUCUCUCUGUGUUGUUCCUCUCUCUCUGUGUUGUUCCUCUCUCUCUGUGUUGUUUCUCUCUCUCUCUCUCUCUGUUUUGUUUCUCUCUCUCUCUCUCUGUUUUGUUUCUCUCUCUCUCUGUUUUGUUUUCUCUCUCUCUUUUGGUAAUUUUCUCUCUCUCUCUCUCUUUUUUUUUCCUCUGUCUCUGUUUUUUUUCCUCUGUCUCUGUUUUUUUUCCUCUGUCUCUGUUUUUUUUCCUCUGUCUCUGUUUUUUUUCCUCUGUCUCUGUUUUUUUUCCUCUCUCUCUGUUUUUUUUCCUCUCUCUCUGUUUGGUUCCUUUCUCUCUGUUUGGUUCCUUUCUCUCUCUCUCUCUCUCUCUCUGUGUUGUUCUUCUCUCUCUCUCUCUCUCUCUGUGUUGUUCUUCUUCUUCUCUCUCUCUCUCUCUGUGUUGUUCUUCUCUCUCUCUCUCUCUGUUGUUCUUCUCUCUCUCUCUCUCUGUUGUUCUUCUCUCUCUCUCUCUCUGUUUUUCUUCUUCUCUCUCUCUCUCUCUGUUGUUCUUCUCUCUCUCUCUCUCUCUCUGUUGUUCUUCUCUCUCUCUCUCUCUGUUGUUCUUCUCUCUCUCUCUGUGUUGUUCUUCUCUCUCUCUCUCGUUCUCUCUCUCUCUCUUCUUGUCUCUCUUUUUCUCCCUUCUACAGGUGUAUCCCUGCCUCCCUUUCCAGAUUGGUGUUGCAAAUCCUUUUGUCCCACUCUGCACUCCCACUGUUAAUUUGUUCAUCUUUUUUCUACUUAUCCUUUCCUUUCUUUUUGAUUUUUGUCUUUAUUCUCUCUCUCUCUCUCUGUUUCUCUCCCUCUCUCUGUUUUUCUCUCUCUCCCUCUCUCUGUUUUUCUCUCUCUCCCUCUCUCUGUUUUUCUCUCUCUCUCUCCCUCUCUCUGUUUUUCUCUCUCCCUCUCUCUGUUUUUCUCUCUCCCUCUCUCUGUUUUUCUCUCCCCUCUCUCUUUUUUUUUCUCUCUCCUCUCUCUGUUUUUCUCUCUCUCCCUCUCUCUUUUUUUUCUCUCUCCCUCUCUCUGUUUUUCUCUCUCUCUCCCUCUCUCUUCUACCCUUUUUCAUUUAUUCUUUUCUUUUCCUUUCCAUCUUUUUCUUUAUCUCCUUUCCUCUUCUAUAUCUCUGA